CACCUCCAACGCUUGCUGACUGCGCCGUACCCUCCACUAUGAGCAAAAACAACGACUGCAGGCAAAGCUUUCAACCAAUUGGGUACACGGUAUUAAACUGAUAAGAAAACAUGAUUGUAGUCAACAAUUUAACUUAUAGAAAAGGACAAAUAUUUUAUAAAUGACUCUAUGGUCCUGGCAGGUACACGGUUUCAAUAAAAUUAUAAAAUUAUUCGGCUUGUUUGCAGCAAUUAUGAAAACGAACAAUUACAAUGGUGUGAAGUGUAUGAAAUGUGAAAUUUGUAAUAUCAAUGGUCAAUUUAUCCAAGUGUUAUCAAUGCAAGCGACAAUGGCAUGAUAUGAAAAUUAUAAGGAAUGUGAAUUCUAGUGAAUUCCUUUUUAACAAUUCUUGUGAAAAUACGAACAUUUAAAGCGCACCAAUCGUUCUAUAAGGAAGCAUCAGAUCAGAUAUUAAUCAUUGCUGCGAAAGAGCUUAAGAUAUUUAAAGCGGCAGGCGCAGCCGCAGCUGUAGGAACCUCAACAAUAACAACAAACUUUUGUGGCUGCUGGCUAUGGUCACCAAUACUCCAAGACCAGAGGCAGCACCCGCACAGCAGCUGCAUUACCCAUGUCCUCGCCUACGUUCCUGUGUCCGUAAAUGCUGUUCUUGGAGAUGUGCGGCCUGGCUCCUGGCAGCUAUAUGCCUAAUUACCCGGUCAGUCUUGGCGGAGGUUAUUUAUCGGGUUGAUCCCUUAGCCCUUUUGGCUGGCACCUUGCGGACAUACCAACGCGCCGGAUGCGAUUCUGAACAGUUAUCACUGAGUUGCCCACGCGGUACCAGCAUUUCAAUAGAGCUGGCCCAAUAUGGACGAGCGGGUGAUUUGACCGACCACAGCCUCUGCCCUCCCAUCUCGCAAGAAAACUCCGCCACGAGCGGAAGUGGCGGUGAGGCUCUCAUCCACAUUGCCAGCGAAAACGAGCUGAAGUCGCCGGAAACGUGUACCGUAAGCGGAUUACAGUAUGCGCUACUGCAAGCGGUAGUCGACACUUGCCAAAAGAAACGGCACUGCAAGUUCGCAGCUAAUUCCAGAUCGCGAUCAUCUGGAGAUCCUUGUUCUCGUAUACGAAAAUUUGUGGAGAUAGCCUAUAAGUGCCGUCCAUAUGAAUUUCGCAGCAAGGUGGCGUGCGAAAAUGAUAGCAUGCCUUUAGUGUGCAAUCCGUAUUCGCGUAUUGCCAUUUACAGUGCUAGCUUCGGCCACACAGAACGUGAGAGCGUGCAAUGCAAUAGCCAGGUCUCGGGCACCGACAGCAUGUCUUCGAUUGCCGGAGGCAGCAGUAAGUCGACUUGCCUUGUAUCCUACGCUACCGAGACAGCUAUGCAGAUUUGCCAUGGGAGGCGCCGCUGUUCCGUAACUGCAGACUCGAGCACCUUCGGCAGACCAUGCAAAGCAGAUGUGAGGAUGUAUCUUAAAGUCGUUUACACCUGCAUUCCGCGAAAGGUGCUUAAAGAUCGCUACGAAACCGCUCCAGAAUCUGACGAAUUGCAGCAGGGCGAGCUGGAGUUCGACCACGAUGAAUUGUAUGACGAGGAUCAAUUUUAUAAGGAAUCUGAAGCAGUUCCGCCAGCCCCAAAAUUGCAGGGGGCUAUACCUAACGCAGGAUUACCAUACGAGCUCGAGCCAAUUGCUAUCGGCGAAGGUCAAACAAGCACUAAUUUUCCCCCAUUGCUUUCACCCAAUGAUGUCACUUUGGAAGAUAAACUUGGGUUAUCGAUGCGAUUUCUGAAUCGCAUAAUGGCGGCAAUGAAUCAAGAACAGCCGACGACCGCAGCAGUUACGCACGAACAAGAUGUUGGAGCUGCUGAAGUAAUUACAAAGGCGACGGAAGACAGUAAGGAAUCCGACAUAGCUACGGAUGUGGCAAAAAAUAAAGAGAGCAUUCAGAGUACUGCUAAAAACUUUUUCUACCGGCGCAAAUGCCAGAUGGUCGAUAAUUUGGACCUUGUUAGCCUCAACUGCACUGAAGGAGAUUAUAUCCUGGAGCAUGUCGAAGUCGUUGGUUUCUUGAUAAAUUGGCUGGACACCUAUUUGCACAUAAGGAAACAUCAGCAAAAGUUCUACCUCUAUUUACUCAUAUCAGCGACGAUUGGUGUCCUAUUAUGCGUGACGGUUGUUAUAGGGAGGAUGACUUUGCAAAAGCACCGCGGUGUGCGGAAAAAGGGCGACGCAAUCGAAGGAAGCAGGGCCAAGACAAUUGGUGAUGCGGCAGGUCGAGGUGGAGAUACAAGAAUCAACAUUCACCAGUUAAAAGGUGGCACAAAACAUGCGGCCGAUUCCUUCGGUGAUAUCUCAGACAUUGACGCUGAUGUGGACAUAUUGAGUCCAAUUUCACUGCCCAGCGUGUCCUCUCGAAAUGAUGGGACCUGCAUGAACCAUGCACUCUCACCGAACUGCACAUCUGGCGUAUUGUCUGCAUCGACAGCCACUACCACCGUUCUGAUGGCAAAGGCGCAAGUCAGUCAGCACAACGGCUUACUUUUGUCCGAAACAGAGACAGGGCCAGGAACAGGUCGUACGAAACUUAUGAGCAGUGGCCGUGGCUGCCAACCCACGCCACCGCCCGCUACCAUCUACACCAGCAUCACCCAACCAUUAGUAAGUGGAGCCAUGCAAAUGGGUCCUCAUAUGCUCGGCCCCAGUAGCCUUAAUACCAUGUCGCCUUCGUAUCUUAGUGGCACCGUGAUAAUGGCUGGUCAACAUCAAGCGCACGCCAGCUCGUUACGACGCACACUUCUACCAAACAACAUGGGUUUCGUGCGAACACCCUCACCUCCACCCGUGUCAGCGUUGCCAUCGAGCAGCAGCGUAUAUUAUGACACCACAGUACCACACACCUUAUCGCGUGGAAUGUCCGCUGACAGAACUGCCCAACACUUCUAUGGAUGACAUUCGCUCAAUCGGAAGGCGUCACUGCCAAUAUCUAUCGCAGUACGACCACCAUUAAUGGGCUUCAACAUGUUGCCACUAUCAGCGACCUUGUGCUCUCCUUCCGACACUACCAGCAGUAGUCGCACUAUAAUACCGACCAGUACAGCUCAACAAAAUACGAGUAUACCAGCGAUUACAGUGACAUCGUCGACUGAGCCAACUAGCUUUAACGAACAUCACUCUCUGCAGCCUAUCAAAUCAGUAUAUGCCACUGAUUGUCCCGAUAAGCAACAGGAUCAGUCAACAGUUAUGUCAUCCACUAUCCAUCGAAGUGUAGCGCAAAUUCAAAUGAGUAGAUCAGGCCGAAGUCAAUACUUCUAGGGUUUCUCUUCGGUUUCCUUAGAUGUAUUUUGUGGAACUGCCAAGCAGCGCUGAGCCUACGCACGGCCAAGCUAAAUGAUAAACUUAUUACUUGUAAAUAGUUAUACUUUUCUCAUAAUUUGGGGUAAUUGGAGCCCUGGACUAAAUCUGUUUAUAUAGUAGAAUUUUAUAAUUAUAAGAAAUGGUUUCGCGCCAAUUUUAACAGUUAAAUAUUAAUACAUAAAAUAGAGGCUUGCUUACAAUCAUAACCAAAGAAGCUAUGUUAAGUUCAGAUUCAACAGUUGAAUGCAUGAGAGAUAGGCUAAGUUUAAAGCAAAAUGGUCGACAGUUUUGGAGAUUUCACAAUUAUUACAUACUCGUAUUAGCUUGACAUUACUAACAUAAUGGAAUUUAAUAGCAUCCUAUACACAGGUAGAACGAGAAAACUUGCGUUCAAUAUUGUAAGUAAUAAAUAUUAUACAUAGUAUUCAAAA